CAGCCAGCGUUAUACCCCUGCCAGCGUCCUUGCAGGAGCCACCAGGCCUCCAGCCUCUUACUCAAGAUGAGUGGUAAACCAGACAUGUCCGAAGUGGAGAAAUUUGACCAAUCAAAAUUGAAGAAAACGAAUACUGAGGAAAAAAAAACCCUUCCCUCAAAGGAAACUAUCCAGCAGGAGAAGGAGUGUAUCCAAACAUCCUAAAAUGGGGAUGUUUGAGCAAGCGGCAACACCACCUGGGAGGC